AUGUUUCGCGCAUCGAUGCUGUCCGCGGCCGCCGUGCUGGUGGUGGCCGCGCUGGUCCCCGCGACCGCCGGCUAUCAGGUGAAGCCGGCCAACUACGCGAAACUGAUGGAGCAGCAGCAAAAGUUUGACGAGGCGUUCGAGAGGGACUUUUACGUCGAGCACACGCGGUACGUCGAGACGGGCGUCAAGUCGGCGCGGCUGGAGGAGCUUUUCGAGCACAUGGGCAGCCUCGGAUCGUUGGAUAUGUUCCGCACGGAGACGGACAAUCACCCGUUGCCGUACCUGACGGUCGAGUGUACGGCUUGCCGGGCGCUCCUAACGACGUACCUCACCUACCGCCGGGUACUCGGCUGGGACCGUGAUCGUAUCGCGCAGCAAGCCGCUACGACGUGCUCGACGCUCAACAUCCUGACGCCGGAAAACUGUCUGAUGCUGGUGAACAAAAACAUCGACAUCCUGCUGCACAUCAUCGAUAGCCGCCCGGCGCUAACGGCGCAAACGAUGUGCGGUAUCAUCUUCCAAAGUGGGACCUGCGUUCUGGAGGAUCCAGCGUUCCUUGGCUGGACGAUUAAUGUGGCGGGAGGUGGACGACCCAUCACCGGGUCGGUGACGUCUCCGAAUCGGGCGGUCAGUGACCUGAAGAUCAUCCACAUUACGGACGUGCACUACGAUCCACAUUACCGCACCGGGUACAAUGCGGUCUGCGGGGAGCCUUGCUGUUGCCGCGUGGGGCAAGGCAUUCCGGCGAACCCGGCUCACGGUGCGGGCGAGUGGGGUGACUAUCGCGACUGUGACUCACCCUGGAAGGCGGUGGAGGAUGCGGUUCGGGCGGCGGCACGGCAACAUCCGGAUGCGGCGUACGUGUACUACACCGGGGACAUCAUCGACCACGGUGUCUGGGAAACGACGGUCGCCGGCAACAUCGUAUCGAUGACCCGCACGUAUCAACUGUUCCGGGACGUGUUCCCCGGCAAACCGGUGUACCCGGUGCUGGGCAAUCACGAGAACAACCCGACCAAUGUGUUCGCCCCGAGCUACAUCGAUCGGCAGGACUUUUCGGCGAGUUGGCUUUACGACUUCUCCGCAGAUCAGUGGUCGAGCUGGUUGCCGACGGCCACGCAGCAAACCAUCCGGCAGGGUGGCUUCUACACGGCCCUGGUUCGUCCCGGAUUCCGCAUCAUCGGGAUGAACAACAACGAUGCGUACACGUUCAACUGGUGGAUCCUGUACGAUCCGGCGUACCUGCAGGCGCAGCUCCAGUGGCUGCACGACACGCUCCUGCAGGCGGAAGCGGCCGGCGAGAAGGUCCACGUGCUGGCCCACAUUCCCAUCGGUGCCGGUACGAGCUACCGCACCUGGGCCCGCCAGUACCGGCGCAUCCUGGAUCGCUUCUGGGACGUGAUCACGGCUCACUUCCACGGCCAUACGCACGCGGACGAGUUUAACGUGUUCUACGCCCUGUCGAACCCGCAGCACGCCAUCAGCGUGGGCUUCAACGGUGGUGGCACCGUGCCCUACAGCAACUACAAUCCCAACUACGUCGUGUAUCACGUCAACCCCCAGACAUACCAAGUGACGGACUUUGAAUCGUGGUACUUCAAUCUGACCGAGGCCAAUCAGAACCCGAACCGUAGCCCGAUCUGGACGCAGUUGUACUCUUUCAGCGACGACUUCCAGCUCGCGAACGUCAGUCCGGCAUCGCUCGACACGCUGGUCCGCCGGUUCGCCGCAAACCCGGCCGAACUGCGCCGCUAUUGGGAGCUGAAGGUGAAGCGUGGUGACCCGUUCCUGGCGGCCGGUUGCGACGGGGAUUGCCUGCUGAACCAUCUCUGCCAGAUCGUGACGAACGAGGCCAACGAUGACAGCAAGUGCAACGCGCUGGCCGCCAUCUUCCGCAACCUGGACGAUGAGUUGUUUCGGGACGAAAGUGACCUCGAGUGA